AACACUCUGUAGAUGGAGAUAUCGUAACAGCAUUUGGAUUAAUAAACCUAUUCACAGUUUGAAAAAAAAACUUUUGGUGAGUUUGAAUGCUGUGAUAUCAUAUUUGAAAAAUAGGCUGCUUUAACAUUCUUAACAGCUUUCUGAUUAGAGACUUGACUUUUUCUUUCUGCUGAAGAAAAAAAAUUAAUACAGGUUUGGAACGACCUGAGGCUGAGUAAAUUAUAACAUGUUUUUGAAGACUAUCAGAGGUUUGUUUUUAAAAAAAUGUUUUACUUUUUGAUAAUUAAGAUUAUCAUUAUUAAGAUCAAUGUUAAAGUGAACACUUCCCAUUAUGAGCAAAAGUGAGUGGAGGAGGCACACGGAUCGCUUCAGAAGAACCAAAGUCAGCAGGCCAAGAAGGGGCAGGAGCUAAGGAGCUAUGGAGCAAGCUUUGCUUUCCUUCGCAACUCCAAUGGCAUCUUACACAGUGGUCAUUGUCCCUCUCAGGAACAGUCCUAACAGUCUGGAUGCAUUGCAGUUCUUCCUUUGGGUGAAGAAGAUGAAGGACUUGGAGAGGGAAAAGGACCUUUUGUGGAUUGGAUUGCAGGCUUUAGAGCAGGUGCGAGAGAAAUUAUGCUACAACCCAGAAGACCACAUGGAAGUGCAAGACCAGUUCAAGAAAGGAGAGAUGAGAAAAGUGUUUCCAGACACCUCCACCCUACUGUUGGCUCAGAUCCACAGAGUGAACAGGACCUUGAGGAAUCUACUGUGUGACUCCAGGAAUCCCACUGAUCCUGCAAUAGAAGGUACUGAAGGACAUCAGCCCUCUCCUACCGAUUCAGAAGAAAGUGCUAGUUUUUAAUCAGCUAUUUGUUUUGAAUUUCUAUACUGUAUUUUCCUGUAUUUUGUGCUUGCUGAAUGUAUUCUGAGUGGAUUGAAAUGAUCAUUUUAAGUGCAAUAUAUGAAAAUUGCUUACUUGAUUGGAUUUCCAAAACAUGGCAUACAACUCGCACACUGCUUUGUAUGUUUUAUUCAAGAAUUCGGUGAAGUCGACUUGGCGAAACUUUCCAUUUCCAUUGUCCUUCCAGGAAUUAAUAUACUAAAGGUUUAUUAACUGCAUUCUGCCAUUUAUUUUCUGAUACUAUUUUUGCAAUGGUAACUUCAUACAUGCAAAGAAAUUAGAUCAUGUGAGCAUUUUUUUCUUUUUGUCAGUAUACUGCAUUUAUAUUUGACUAUUUUUGUAUUUAUUAAUGCAUAUUUAAAUUGGCAGGUUUUUUUUCUGUGUGUGAAAUUGAUGAGCACAAAAAAAAGUAAUGUAAAAGAGAUUAAAUUUGAAAGCUCAUUCAUUCAGCAGUUCUUAAAUAUCGAGUUAAUGAGUUAUCCAAGUCAACAGCGAUUAUCAUGGAAAGAAACACAUCACUGAGUGCAUAACAGUGGCCAUUCCUCCACACCUUAGCCUUUUUUGACAUGUCACCUGUCAUCGUGGUCCCAGAAUUUCCUCUCAUGGCCACCCAAGAGGUUAAAAUGAAAGCUGUUCCUGCCACAGCCAGCCUAGAGAUUCCUGUCUCAGCCUCUCCAUUCCUCAGCUUAUCAUCUGCCAGACUGACAUCAGUGGCCUUUUACAAGCCUUAGCAUCUUCCAAAGCUAACCUUGGUAGUCUGGUGCCUUGGUUUGAGGCAGUAUCAUUACAGCAUACUUUAACAAUAUAGUAAUUGUGCAGUUGGUUCAGUAGUUUAUAUAAAUAUAUUUCAAUAGUUUAAAUAAUCAAAACUUUAAAAAAUAUUCUGCCAUACACUUUAAAAGCAUAGUUUAUUUAAAUUAUAUAACUACAGCAUACAGUAUUUAUUUAUAUAACAAUAAGGCAUACAGUAGUUCACAGCAUAGUUUAACAUUGUACAAUUGAAAAUAAUAUCACUCAGAAAUAUGGCUUGAUUAAUGUUUUUAUUUAUUUUAUAUAUUGUGUUUA